AUGACGGUGGGUGUGAUCAAGAAGCGCAUUGAGACUCUGCACGCGUGGAAGGAGCGUAUCAGGGAAGCGCCAUCAGAUCUGGGACAGGGCAUCCGCCUGGAGCUCACCGUACAAGCAUUGUCCGUGGUUCAAGCACAAGCAGCAGCAGAAGCAAGCCAGUACCUGGACGCGCAGUACCUGUUCUCAGCAGCGGCUGGUGAUGAACAGCUGCUCACGCACACGUUUUCCAGAGGCGCCGUGAUCACCAAUACAGAGGCAAUGGCGGCCAUUGCAGAAGAGAAGCGGCUCCUCAGCGGCAAAGGCGCCAAGCAGUCCACUCUGGUGCAGCGUCAAAUGGUCACAGACGUGUACAAUGCCAUUGGUUGGAAUCCUGGACGCAAGCCCACACUGCUUGACAGCCGCACCGCCUGGUGGAAGCAGAGCCAGGCAGCCACAGCUUUGGAACAGCAGCUGGAGCGGUUUCAGACCGCAGCGCAAGCGCGAGAGCUCUUCUCACACCUGCAGAUUCAUUUGCGGUGUCAAGCAUGCCGCUAUCAUGGGACCUAUCAGCGCAUUGGCCUGGCAAGUUCAUUCCGCGUCCGCUGCAACCGCAAUCAAUGCCAUCAUGCGCUCAGCAAGCAGCGCUUCCGUGCGCACGUUGCAAGAGAGGUGGAGAGCGGCCAUCUGACAGUCAACCUGGAUGCGCUGGUUGCAGACAUCUUGCAGCUGACGUUCCUUCCUGCACCAGAGGGAGUACGCUUGCGGGCUCUCAGUACACGGCAGGACCUGCUUGGUCUCAAGCGCUCAAGCACGUAUGCAGCAGUUGAAGACAGUCUUCUGCGUUGCGUGUCCAAGAUGCUGGAGGAAGAACACGGUGCCCAAACUGCACUUGAGAUUCAAGACGAGGCGCUGGAAUGGCUGCGUGACCACCCAGCAGCGGUGACCAACCACCUUGGCACUGCAAGCCGGCCAGCAGCUGACGCCCUCCUGGAGCGCUUUGCAGAGGAAGAUACAGAGCUGACGCUGCAAGAGGAGAUGCUACUUCUGCACGGCGUUGCUGGUGCAUUUGAUGUUGCGUUUGCACACUUGAAGAUUGCACGCAUGGCGUACACAUGCCACAUUGUCCCGCUCAACAGCCCUGGUCCGUACCUUGGCUUGAUCAAUGUUGGCGUGCACAGCUAUGAGAUUCUAACCCACAUCUAG